AUGCAAUUCAUCAACAUUGUUGUUCAUUCAACUGAGAACAUAAACCUUCGUGUCUAUCUCCAAUAUGGCUUCCAUUUGCUGGGCUUGGACGAUUUUCUCAAGUGUCUGCAAGCCAGACCCGGUGAUCGUUUGAAUAGACAUAUUGAAGCGUAUUUGGCAAAUCGGGUCGACUGCGGCGUGCUUUUGGACGAUGCUGAAGCUAAGGAGGCGGCUCAAUCUGAGCGUGACCGACUCGUGGCGGAUUUGGCUGAACUCAGGAGAACCAGUGAAGAAAGAAUUACACAAGUAAAGGUAGCACUUUGGUCUUCCGACAGUUUCUGA